AAUUUAUAUCUCAGCAUUCUGGAACCAAAUACUAUGGAGGAAGUGCAACCCGCCUACGUCGUACAGGUGCCCGCUAAUAUACGGAAGCUAAUAUUGUGGCGCUACAUUUACGCUACAUGGCUUUGUGCCUGCUUGGAAUAUGUGCUGCUGGGUCUAUUUUUGGUGGUUGUCCAUUUUGAAAUGGGAAAUACUUCCGACUGGAUUAAACAAGUAUUCACAAACACGUUGUGCUCGAUAUAUACAUGGACACUGAUGCAAGGUCUCCAUGUGGGCGUUGGCAUUUAUGGUUUGCUGUUGUUCAAGAUGCACAAUAAGCGCCCAAUUUAUUAUGCCACUCGAAUGGAGCGAAUCAUACGCGAACUGCCACGAAAAUUGACGAUUCUGGCGGUGCUACUCUAUGUGGGAUUCUAUAGCGGCUUCUUUUACAGCAGAUUUGCGGAAGAUCUGAAAUUUAUUUCGUUAUACUAUGGUUUAUUUUGCGGCCUACAUUAUUUUAUGCGCGUGCAUCGGAGACGUCAUGUCUUUCCCAAACUUCCCAUAGCUCGGUUCGGACUGAGAAUUUCUGUGAAAUGGAUUUGUUGGAAUUCUGCCCUUUUGGCACUGCGAGAGACUUUUUUACCCGCUCUUUUCUUCUGUGUUUGCUAUUUCUUUUUUACUACGUUUUUGAACAAACCUCAAACAUGGAUUUACACCUGGAGCGCCGGUGUUUUGAUUACGGCCAAGCUGCACAUAGUUCGCCAAAUAUAUGAUGUGGUGCUCAAUCUAAAAUUGCCGCUGGUGAUCGAAAAGGGGUUACAUCCUAACGGAAGCCAGUCUCAGAACAUAUGCUUGCGUACAAUGAUAUGGGAACUUCUAAAACAGUGGAUUUGUGAUCCCUUUAACGAGAAUCCGCAAUGUGGUAUUGAAGAAACUCAACUAAGAUUGACGCUUAGUGAGGCACUAAGCACCAAAUUCCUUUAUGGCUUUCAGCUGCAGGCGGCCAAGGACUUUUACGAUAUUGUGUCCUGCUAUGAUAGUCCAAAAUGUAGGGAGAUUUUUCAGUUGAAUAGAUGUAUGAAAGCUCCCUGGUCAGAAUUGCGCGAUGUUAUCCUCGAAAUGCUUGACGAAUUUAUCAAAAAUAUGGAAGCAUGUUGUCCCCAACCGUCUAUGUCGAAACAGCAGAAAUCUUUGGGAGAGAUGCUGCGUCAUAGCGAACGUCAGGCGCGAUUAUAUUUAGGCAUGCGUCCUCUGGUGCCGCCAUUCCCAAAAUUUACACUAACGAAGCACUACCCCGGACAAGAACAUCGCUGUUUAAAUAUGAAGAAUCCACAACCCUACCCAUCUGAUUUGUGGGCAUUCCUUCGAGAAAUGGUCUCAUGGAUGAAUAACGCAGCAAAAAUAAUAUUGGAGAAUUAUGUUUGCAGUUCACGCCGACUCGAGCAGCUCUUUAAGUCCAAUGUAUGUUCGCGAGCCAAUCACGAAUUGCGUUGUGCACAGCCUUUGAUCUUGAUUAUCCAGGGACUUGCCACUGUGUGUGAGCGAUCAUUGACUGAAGAUAAAUAUGGUGUGGUGCAGAGUGAUCUUAAACGCAUAUUCGAGAUCCUAAUAAACGUGGAGCAGCAACUGAUCAACGCCCAUGAAUUGACGUAUCCCACUCUGCAAACUAGACUUCCAGCUACUUUGGAUAAAAGCUACCAUCUUCUCCGGGUCUCUACAGGUCGAAGUUUGGAUGGAAUGCUAGAGGCUUUUGGCCCCUAUUUGGAACAUAUUUCCGAUAAAACACUGCUAGACAAGCUGCGUGAGCGCCUCAAAAAUCACCGCUCAGUUUAAAACGUACAGAUACCAAUUGUGUUAAAUUCUUUUGUUAGCUAGAGUUGUUUGUUGUGCUUGUUUUAUGUUUUGAGAAAAAUAAAGAAUUAAAUUUGUGAUCUA